GGAGAUCUUCAAGCGACAGACAAAGGGGAGACAGGAUGAAUUAAGGGAUGGCGGGACUGUAGGAUGAUCUAUGAGAAGAACUUGCAGGAGCUGACGGAACUAGCGAGUAAGGAGAAUCCGCUGUCCAAUCCCAAGUUACUCUGUCUACAUGAGAUGAUCAAGAGGGUGUAUAGCAAGGAACCGAAAUCAAAAGGGAUUGUGCUAGCAAGGACCCGUUUUGCAACACAUGCCUUGCUGAAAUUCAUCAACGAGUGUGAUGAACUGAAGAAACUCAAACCUCCAAUUAAGCCAGUCCGAAUAGUUGGACAGAGCGGAGAUAUUGAUCAAGGACUAACACUGGCAAGACAAGAAGCUGCGUUGAAUGACUUCAAAAGCGACCGAGCUAAUCUCCUUGUGGCCACUGAUAUCGUCCAGGAAGGUUUGGAUAUUCCUGCUUGCAAUGUAAUCAUCAGGUACAACUUUGUCAGCAAUGAGAUUGGAACGGUGCAAUCAAAGGGACGAGCAAGAAAAGAACGGUCCAAAUGCUUCCUCAUCGUUGAGAGUGGAUCAAUUAACGAAGGAAGAGAACAUAAGAACAGAGAGAGGGUUGAGCAGAUGGAUAGAGCGAUUCGUGAUGCAAAUGAAUUACAACCACAAGAAUGGCAUCAAGAAGUACGUCAGAGGCAGCUGACCAUCAUUAGGGAAAUAGAGGAGAAAGAAGAAAUGAAGAGAAUCCAGCAAAAGGAGAGCCAGCAAGUAGAUGUCAAGCUUCUGUGCAAUAAAUGUGAGAAAUUCAUCUGCAAAUCAUCUGACCUGGAGAGGAGACUAUCCAACUACACCUGUAAUGACCCCACUAUCGCUGAAAGGACACGCAAUGUUCGCACCGGUUGUAUAACUUUUAGAGAGUCUAGAACUGUCGGCAUUAUAAAAUGCAAAUGUGGUAACCAGCUUGGACAAGCCUUGGAGUUCAUGCGUCUGCAUUUAUGGAAACCUGGAUAUAACCUGAGCCCAAAGAGCUUCUUGUUCAUGUACAAUGAUGACCCAGACAGCAAGCGAGUCUUUGCCAAGUGGAAGAAGGUGGAUUUUCCUAUCGCUUCCGAGGAGCAGUAAGCUAGGGGUUGAUCCUUAAAUUGGACACUCUUGCUAAGCCCAGGAAAAUGUUGUUGAUGUCGAGUUAAUAAGUCAUCGGACUUUAGAUCACAAGGUAUAGGGUUUGAUUCCCUCCCGCAGACAGAUUUUAAUUGACGUCUACGAUUGCGACACUUUUCCGAGGUAAACUCAUUGUGUACCUGGUAGGAUGUAUUCCAUAAAUGCACUGAGAGCUACGGUUAUCGUAGCUAGAGCCGGGGUAAUAAUAUACAAAUAUUGACUGCUUUCAGGGGCAUGGUUAGAAUUAUUUCCCAAGGUGAUCUCAAAACUGUACUGAGACCUGAGAUGAUGUUGAGGGGCAUAGUACAGUCUUGAGAUCAAAGAGGAGCUAUAAUUUUAACCAUGAACCGAAAAAUAAGCAGUCAAUAUUUUGUUUGAUAAUAAUGCAUCCCAGUGUCUAUUCUGAAAAAGAGAUAUUUUAACAAAACAUGCCUGACAAAAUGAAUGUAUUUGUAGAGUCAAGGGAAAGUUAUCCUUCUAAGAUCAUUGCGCGUCUCACUGCCCAUAUUCAGUGUUAACUUCACUCGCAAUCAUUGCGUCAUUGUAUUGUACGUGCAAGUAGAACUAUGCCCAGUCAAUAUUUUUUUGCUAUACUGCCCCGCAGUUAAUAGCGAAUUUCUUGCCUGCAGUUUUGACCAAUCAAAGGCAAGUUAAGCAAAGGCCUAGAAUUUUGAUAUGCGGUAUAUAUAUAUACCCCAAAGUUUAUAUACCACAUACUGCUUUGUAAGGGCAUACAGAUAUUAUUCCAUGAUGUAAUACAUGCCUUUAAUACAGGAAUGGAAUGUUAAUAAUAUGAUUAUAUCAGAAUCGUUCUGCAAAAUCAGAUGUUGCUGCUUUGACCUUUGAACUUUGCAAGCUACACUGGGGUCCCUCUACAGAUGAUUAGACCAAAAUAGACAUAUUCAUUUGUCCUUGUGGAGUGGGAGAAGUGCGAUGUUCCUUUUGCUGCAGAGAAGAAAUAAUGAAUUGGCCAGUCAUACAGCCCUAAUCUUUAUGAGAGGAGAAGUUGUAUACAAAUUUUUAACAAAGAAACCUUGUUUAUAGAGUCGAUAGUGUUGUUUAUAGAAUCAAGCAUCGACUUCAUAGAAUGGCAACGAGCAGAUAAGGUGUUCCCUUGAGGUACAUGUUCAAGUAUAUUAUGUCUUAAAGAUUAUGAAAGAAAUAUCAGUGUACGUCACUGGCAUCGGUUCUUGUGCUUUUCAGUGAAUGUCAUUUUCAGUAAUUUUUUCUCUUCUUAAAAUUCUGAUAUUUUACUAAUCCAUAUAAUACAAC